GAGCGGGGCCGCGGCGGGCAGCGGGGCCGGGCCAUGCGGGAGCUGCGCUCGUCCUCCUUUUGGAGGGCCAUCCUGGCCGAGUUCCUGGGCAGCCUCCUCUACACCCUGCUGGGGCUGGGGGCUUCACUGCGCUGGGCCCCGGGCCCCCACGGGGUCCUGGGGUCCGCCUUGGCCUUCGGCCUGGCCCAAGCCACCCUGGUGCAGGCGCUGGGGCACGUCAGCGGAGGGCACAUCAACCCGGCCAUCACGCUGGCCUUCCUGCUGGCCUCGCAGCUCUCCCUGCCCCGUGCCCUGGGCUACCUGCUGGCUCAGCUGCUGGGUGCCCUGGCGGGGGCCGGCGUCCUCUAUGGGGUGACACCGGCCGCCGUGCGCGGCACGCUGGGCCUCAGUGCGCUGCACCCCAGCGUGGGCCCGGGCCAGGGCACGGUGGUGGAGCUGCUGCUGACGGCUCAGUUCAUCCUCUGCGUCUUCGCCAGCUUCGACGACCGCCAUGACGGGCGCCCUGGCUCUGCUGCGCUGCCCGUUGGCUUCUCUCUCGCCCUCGGCCACCUCUUUGGGAUCCCAUUCACUGGUGCUGGCAUGAACCCCGCGCGGUCCUUUGCGCCCGCUGUCAUCACCCGCAACUUCACCAACCACUGGGUGUUCUGGGCGGGUCCGCUGCUGGGCGCGGCGCUGGCGGCUCUGCUGUACGAGCUGGCGCUGUGUCCGCGGGCGCGCAGCAUGGCGGAGCGCCUGGCCGUGCUGCGGGGGGAGCCGCCCGCCGCCGCGCCGCCCCCCGAACCGCCGGCGGAACCGCUGGAGCUGAAGACGCAGGGGCUGUAGGGCCGCCUCCCCCCUCCAUCCCCACCCCCCCCCCCUCACCCCAAAGCCGGGGCCGCCUUUGCUGUGUCGGGGCCGCCGAUGCGGUGCGUGUGGUGCGUGCGUGUGUGUGCGGCGCGGCGGGAGUGCGGCGGCCACCGGCACCCAACGGGCGGCCCCGCCCCGCCGCGGCGGGAGCUCCGUGUUCGGUGAAUUAAACCUACGCUUUAUUUUGGU